CUUGCCUUCGACUGUCUUGACAUUGGUGUUAUGUUACGCCACUCUCGCAAAAUUUUUGGGACGAGUUUUUCGUGUCGUUUGCCUGUUUGCCUCCAUGCGAAUGCAAAAUUCUUUCGAUUUGUAUCGACGAAUCCACCGGUUACAAAAAUCGAAAAGAUAGUUCUCGACCACGUCAAAGCAGUUGGGCCGAUGCCAUUUGGAAGCUUCAUGAACUUGUGUUUAUCGCAUCCAACGGCAGGAUACUACAUGAAUCCCGCCAAUGCCGUGUUCGGAAAACGAGGAGACUUCAUUACUAGCCCUGAAAUCAGUCAGGUUUUUGGAGAGCUGGUGGCCAUCUGGCUUCUCUCGCAGUGGCAGAAUGCAGGUGCCUCACAUUCAAUACGCCUGGUUGAGCUUGGGCCGGGAAGGGGAACCCUGAUGGCUGAUAUUCUCCGGGUGGUCCAGCAGUUUGCGAAAACCACGUUGAAACGGGUCCAUCUUGUUGAAACAAGUCCUUCCAUGCGGGCACUUCAGAACGACAACCUUCUGCCGUUCUUGAAAAAAGGUAGUUGGGACCUCACCUGGAAUGAAUCAAUAGACGAAAUCGAACCCUCGUCCGGUGUUUAUACUAUGCUCGUAGCUCACGAGUUUUUCGAUGCACUACCCGUCAGUAUGCUUGAACGAGGAAAGCAAGGGUGGCAUGAAAUAAUGGUUGAUUCUGUACAUCCAGAGCUUGACUCAAUAAAAGAGUCUGCUUAUCCACGAUUGCGUCGUGUUAUAUCUCCCAGCCCAACUGCCGCUUCUACUUUACUCGGUAGAUCGUCGCGGCGGUUUGACCAGUUGCCCGAGGGUUCUCGCUUAGAGGUCUCAGCGGCAUCAUUCAGAGUUGCCAGAAAAGUAGGAGAGCUUCUUUCUCCUGGUGGUUGCGCAUUGGUGGUAGAUUAUGGUGGAGAUUCGCCGUUCGAGGAUUCCUUCCGCGCAUUCAAAGAUCACCGAAUAGUAGAUGUAUUUGAGCGGCCAGGUGAAUGUGAUCUGACCGCAAACGUAGAUUUUGGAUACAUCAAGGAAGCGAUGGGCGAUCUGGUUCCAACGUACGGGCCCCUACCUCAGUCGCAAUUUCUUGUAUCGAUGGGGUUAGAAGCGCGUGUCAAUAUGUUGAUCCGCUCUGCCAAGACAGAAGAGCGAGCGGAAGAUAUAAGGAAAGCUGCCCAACGUCUUGUGGAUGAGGCGGGAAUGGGAAAGGAAUACAAGGUGUUGGGUAUCAGUAACUCGCCUAGUGAACACGGGGUAUGGCCAUUUGUUCAAUAG